UAUACAUACACAAGAAAGUUUAAUAUGAAAACCAAACCUGAAAAUGAUCAAAGGCAAGAAGGUGAAGGGAAUUGAUAGAGUGGAGCAAAAUAAACAAAAGGAUAUUAUGAUGAUGAAAAAGAACAAGAAGAUACUGAUAUGGGAAUAACAACGCCACCACUCGUCGCAUCAAUUCUUUCUCGAGAAUCUCCAUACUCUAAAAAAGUUCACCAUCAAACUCCACUAAUCCAACACAAGAGCAAAAUUUGUACUAAUUCUAUGUCCCAAUAUUACCCUGGCAUUUUCAGCUUCUCGAAUGGGUUCGAGAGAUCAGCUGUGAGCCACCAAGAGGAGCAGCAGAUCCGGAGAGAUAAACUAAGUGUUGAAGGCUUAGAGCCUCCACCUCCACCAUUAGCAGGGAUUGGAGGGGAAGAAUCAAGUGCUCUUCCGGUUUAUGAAGCCGCAGGUAUGUUAUCAGAAAUGUUCAAUUUUCCUUCAGGUGCGGCUGCCGCCACAGCCUCGACCGAGUUACUUGACCACCAUAUAGAGCCAAAUUAUGGAGCACACAGGCCAAACCCAGGUAAUACCAAAGAGUGGUAUAGCAAUAGGCAAGAUGUAGUUGGGGGUUCGGGACAGUUAGGAGAAUCAAAGAGCCACAUUAACCGUGACAGUUUAGCUCAACAGCAUCAGCAGCAGCUACCAAGCAUUAAUGCCGACUCAGCAGCUGCCAUGCAUCUUUUCUUGAUGAAUCCGCAGCAAAGAUCACCAUCUCCUCCUCCUUCUACUGCAGCAACUUCUUCUAAUACUCUUCACAUGCUGCUUCCAAAUCCAUCUACUUCUCUUCAAGGGUUUAAUGUAUCAGGUCCUGUAGGGGCUUUCGGCACAAGUUCUGUUCUAUCUCCACCUCAAUUUAUUUGGGUUCCUGACAGUGCUCGUGAAGGAGGCAACAACACUGAUUCCCAACUCAACAACCUAAAUGAAAUCGGAACUGUUGUAGAAGGCCAAGGCCUUUCACUAUCUUUAUCAUCUUCUUUGCAACACUUGGAGGCUGCUAAGGCUGAAGAAUUGAAGACGGGAAAUGGGGGGUUAAUGUAUUAUAAUCAAGGAGAGGGUUCCGCUGCUCAUCAGUUUCAACAAUACAGGAAUUUGGGUAGUCAUCACCAUACAAUGCAUUUGCAAGGCGGAGUGGGACAAAACCAUCAGGUUCAUGUUGGGUUCGGAUCCUCAUUAGAGAUGGUCAAUGUAUUAAGAAAUUCAAAGUAUGUCAAAGCAGCUCAAGAAUUGUUGGAAGAGUUCUGUAGUGUCGGAAGACGCCAGUUCAAGAAGAACAAGUUCGGUAGAAACAAGACAAACCCUAAUUCUAAUCCGGGUACUAGCGGCGGUGGUUCUUCAUCAACAAAGGAUCUCCCUCCUUUAUCAGCAACUGAUAGAAUUGAACGCCAAAGAAGGAAGGUCAAACUUUUAUCCAUGCUUGAUGAGGUGGAGCGGAGAUACAACCAUUAUUGUGAACAAAUGCAAAUGGUGGUGAACUCAUUUGAUCUGGUGAUGGGUUUUGGGGCAGCAGUGCCUUACACUGCCCUUGCUCAGAAGGCAAUGUCAAGACACUUUAGGUGUUUGAAAGAUGCAAUAUCAGCACAAUUGAGACACAGUUGCGAGAUGCUUGGGGAGAAAGAUGGAGCAGGAAGCUCAGGCAUAACCAAAGGAGAGACACCGAGGCUGAGGAUGUUGGAGCAAAGCUUAAGACAGCAAAGAGCGUUCCAUCAAAUGGGUAUGAUGGAACAGGAAGCUUGGAGACCCCAAAGGGGACUGCCUGAACGUUCCGUCAACAUUUUAAGAGCCUGGCUUUACGAACAUUUUCUUCACCCGUACCCAAGCGAUGCAGAUAAGCAUUUGUUGGCUCGACAGACUGGUUUAUCGAGAAAUCAGGUUUCAAAUUGGUUCAUAAAUGCCAGGGUUCGGUUGUGGAAACCCAUGGUGGAAGAGAUGUACCAGCAAGAAACAAAAGGAGAAGAUGAUAAUAAUGGCAAUAACAAUAAUACAGAGAGAGAAAGGAACCCAAACCACAAUGCACAAACAUCAACGCCUUCGACAACAGCAGCGCCAACUACUACAACAACAACACCAGCAGGCAAAAGAUCCCAAAUCAAUGCCACUGAAAACGACACUUCAUUCAUUGCAAUCAAUACUGCCCAUUGCUUAUCUGAAAACCAAGCAAAACAAUCCAACCCCACCACCUAUGAUGCUUCCGAGGCGGUGCCACUCAUUUCCCAGCCUUUCGCCACCGCCACCGCCACCCAUGACGACGGUGCAGAAGAAACGUGUCGUGGUGGUGGUGGUGUCGUUGUAGCGGAUUACGGGACCACGGCCGGUGAUGUAUCACUCACUUUAGGGCUACGCCAUGCUGGAAACAUGCCCGAUAAUACGUCUUCUUCUUUCUCAGUUAGAGAUUUCGAGGGCUGUUGAUUUAUUUCCAAAUACACAUUUUAAUUUCAUAGUAUUCUCUUAAGAUGAAAAUAACAAUAAUCCCAUUCUGAUUUCUUUUUUCACCC